CCAACGGCGGUACUGAGGGAUGUGGAGGGGAGGAGCUUCCUUACUGUUCCUCUCCCUGCUACUGCCACUGCUGCCCUCUACUGGCAGGGCACAGAAUUCCCUUACAGAUGACGAGAUUGAAGAGUUCCUGGAGGGAUUUCUGAAGGAACUGGUGCCCGAAGAAGAGGAAGAGGACAAGGGGGAGCCUAGGAGGGAGGAAGAUGAAGAGGAAGGAGUGAUUACCAGGGCGGAGAGGUACGAGGAACGGGAAGACACCAAAGUGGGAAAAAAGACAAAAGCAGCAAAAGGCGAAGAUGGAGAAUCAUCUGUGAAAGCUAAAGAAAAAGCAAAGAAAGAAAAGAAGGAGAAAGCACCUAAACCUACUAAAAAGCCCAAAGAAAAGCCUCCCAAAAAGGAAAAGACUCCUAAACCGACCAAAAAGCCAAAGGAAAAGAAACCUAAACCCACCAAGAAACCCAAAGAAAAACCACCAAAACCUACCAAGAAGCCAACAGGAAAGAAACAAGAUCAACAUCCAGAUCAGGGCAGAUUCAGUAAGCCAAAAGUUACUGUGGAGGAAGAAAGGCAUACAAGAACCAAAAUUGAAGAAGAGGAGGAGGACAAGGGAUAUAGCAGACCUGAAAGUGCUGAUGACUAUGAAGACAGUUAUAGAAGACCACCAGCCACAGGGCGAGAAAGGGAGGAUAGACCUAAAAGGCCACACAUUCCAGGGAAAGAGGAAGAUGUGAGAUACAGAAGGCCUCACGGAUCAGUGGUGGAAGAGGAAGAGGGAUACAAAGAACCUCAUGCACCAGAGGAUUAUGACUAUGAGAGGUACAAAAUACCCCAGGUCACAGAAGCAGAAGAUAAGUAUAGAACACCACAUGCGGCUAAGGAUGUUGAAAAUAAGUUUAGGACACCUGUGAUUACUGAACAAGACAGAUACAAAAGACCUAAAGUCACAGAAGAAGAGGACAGGUACGGGAGACCUUCAGUGACUGACUCAAGAACACCAACUGGAGAAGAUGUUUGUGUUGCAGGGGGAUAUGUGGAGCAUCUUCCUGAACCGGAGGAACCGGACAGAGAGGAUAUGACUGGGCCAGGUGUGGAAGAGGAGCCCCCAACUGAAGAUUACAAUGAGCGUCUGGAGAGAGAAGAUUAUGAUGACUAUGGCUACAGCAAACAACCAAAGAAGCCUGCGGUGCCGGAACGUAAACCUGAUCGUCCAGUUGUGUAUGUGAAACCUACACCCAAGAAGCCUGAAAUUGUGACAUCCGCAACAGCCCCACCCCCUCCAGAAUACCCUUAUCCCAGGCCUGGAUUUAAUUAUGAUGACUAUGAUUACACUACAUUCCUGAAACCGCCAGAAGAAAAGGAAGAAGAAGAGUGGACAGAUGAAGAGAAAUACUCAUCAAAGAAACCACAAAAACCAACCAGCAGCAAAGAGGAGCGAGAGAGGGAGGAAGAAGAGGAGAGAAAACGGAAAGAGAAGAAGAAGCCCACUGACACAUGGGAUUCAGAGGAGGAGGAAGAGGUCCCAAAGGAGAGGAAAAAGUGCCCACCUAUUGGCAUGGAGUCCCAUCGGAUAGAAGAUGAUCAGAUUCUGGCCUCCACCAUGUUGCGCCAUGGGCUGCAUGCCCAAAGAGGUCGCCUUAAUAUGCAGGCAGGUACUAAUGAAGAUGACUUCUACGAUGGUGCGUGGUGUGCGGAGGAUGAAAGUCUGGUUCAAUGGUUAGAAGUGGACACGCGAAGAACCACAUUAUUCACUGGCAUUAUCACACAGGGUCGGGACUCUUUGAUCCAUGAUGACUUUGUCACCUCUUUCUACGUGGGCUUCAGUAAUGACAGCCAGAACUGGGUCAUUUACAGCAAUGGGUAUGAGAACAUGAUGUUCUAUGGAAAUGUAGACAAGGACACACCAGUGCAGACGGAUUUUCCCGAUCCAAUGAGAGCAAGAUUUAUCCGUAUCUACCCGCAGACAUGGAACGGCAGUCUGUGCAUGCGUCUCGAGGUCCUGGGGUGCCCUAUUUCCAAUGUGGUCAGCUACUAUAGCCAGAAUGAAGUGAUAACCUCAUCAGAUAAUCUGGAUUUCCGGCAUCACAACUACAAAGACAUGAGACAGCUUAUGAAGGUUGUAAAUGAGGAGUGUCCAACCAUCACCAGAAUAUACAAUGUUGGGAAGACGGCUAAAGGUCUGAAGAUCUAUGCUAUGGAGAUCUCAGAUAACCCAGGGGAACAUGAGAUAGGAGAGCCGGAGUUCAGGUACACAGCUGGCCUUCAUGGCAAUGAAGUUUUGGGACGUGAAUUAUUGCUUCUCCUGAUGCAGUUUAUGUGCAAAGAAUAUCGAGAUGGCAAUCCACGUAUUAUGACCCUGGUCCACGAGACCAGGAUUCACCUUGUACCCUCGCUGAACCCCGAUGGCUAUGAGAUUGCCACUCAAAUGGGUUCAGAACUGGGUAACUGGGCACUGGGCCACUGGACAGAAGAAGGCUAUGACAUCUUUACCAACUUCCCGGACUUGAACACAGGAUUCUGGGCAGCUGAGGACAGGAAGUGGGUUCCUCACAGAGUGCCAAACAAUAACCUGCCCAUUCCGGAAGGUUUCUUGGCAGAGGAUGCCACGGUGGCAGUAGAGACUAGAGCUAUCAUUGCCUGGAUGGAAAGAAAUCCAUUUGUCUUGGGAGCCAAUUUUCAAGGUGGAGAAAAGCUGGUCUCCUACCCAUAUGACAUGGCAAGGGCGGUGAAAGAAGAAGAAGAAGAGCAGCCCAUAUUUCGCCCCCAUCAUCUUUAUGAUGAGGAUGAAGAGGAGGAAGAACAAAUGUCUGAGGUGUCUGGAGAGGAUGAUGAAGGAGUGUCCAGGACUACCGAUCACUCUAUUUUCCGGUGGCUUGCAAUCUCUUAUGCUUCUGCUCAUCUAAACAUGGGGAAUAUAGCCCGAGGGAGCUGCCAUGCAGAUGAUUACACGAAGGGCAUGGGCAUCGCCAAUGGUGGUAAAUGGAGACCAGUGUCUGGCAGCAUGAAUGACUUCAGCUACCUGCACACAAACUGUCUGGAGCUCUCCAUAUAUCUGGGCUGUGAUAAGUUCCCACAUGAGAGUGAGCUGGCCGAGGAGUGGGAGACCAACAAGGAAGCUCUGCUAGCAUUCAUGGAGCAGGUUCACCGCGGCAUUAAAGGCAUUGUGACAGAUCGACAUGGGGAGCCAAUAGCCAAUGCUACCAUCUCAUUGGCGGAAAUAAACCACGAUGUCAAAACAGCGGCUGGCGGUGACUACUGGCGUAUCCUGAACCCCGGAGAGUAUCGAGUGACGGCAAAGGCUGAUGGUUACACCCAGAGCACCAAGACGUGCAGCGUUGGCUAUGACAUCGGGGCAACCCAUUGUAACUUCGUCCUGGCUCGCUCCAACUGGAAAAGGAUCAAAGAGAUUAUCGCACUGAAAGGCAGAGGUCCUCUCCGUCUGGUGCCACCUGGAGGUCGAAAGCUCACCCCUGAACAAAAGCUCCGACUACAGCGUCGCCGUAUGUGGCUGAAUCGCCAACGCAACCUUACCACCACUCUCCCGCCCACCACCACACCUUUUGAACCAACCACUUUACCUCCCACAGAUACCCCAUAUACGCCAACAACAAUGCCGCCCCGCCGGCUGGAGCCACCCACUCCCUCAGAAUCUCUGUGGGACACAGAAACUGAGACCUAUACAGAAAUAGUCACAGAGGUGGAGACAGAGACCUGGGAAGAGGAUACCACUACUCAGGUGGCUCCAUUCACCACGGCAGAGACUUAUACUGUAAACUUUGGGGACUUCUAAGAGGGGGAAAAAUGAAAGAAAAUGGGCUACAGACUGAUUUAUUUUUCAUAAAAGGGUUCAAAUUUCUACUCCGAAGGAGUCAAUGCUUCCGAAAGAAGGGGAAGGGGGUCUAUAAACAACCAGAUUCCAAAUGUCUAUUGAGUGCAGGUUAGAAAAUGAAAGGUUGAUUCUGAUUGGCCGUUGUCGGAAACGCCUUUCAUAAAAAUACCCCUAUUCAUGUGUAUAUAGCGGUUGAUCUGUAAACCAAGACGGAAGGUCCACAGUGACUCCAGAGUACGGUGAUGUGGUUCUAUGAAGGGCCUUACCACGUCACUUCAUGCUUAUGUAAACCCUUGCAGUGCCAGAGUUUCCAUACAUCAGGACAUACUAUAUCCCCCUCUGGCACGAGAGGUAAAUAUUCCGUAGGAAAAAAAAUCUAUAUGCCUGUUAGAUGUCUGGCUUAACACCCUGCAGGUCCUACUGGCAAGCGGCCACAGAGCACAAUGCUGUCCAAGUAUGUAAAAUCUCAUCAAUUACCAAUAAAACAUUUCUACAAA